AAUCUGUUUUCCGGGGAAGAUUUUCGAUCUUUGGUCUGUUUUUCCGGGAAAAGAUUCUGAUCUUUGGCCACUGUGUGACUUCCUUCUGCAACUGGGUCGGUGGAAAGAUUUGUCGUAGCUGGUUUGGAUGGUGAGAAAAUCACUAGAAUGCCAGUGUCGACGCGGUCUCACUCUCAGAGCAGCAACCGAGAACAGAGCAAUGACGACGACUCGUGCACGGGCCCGAGGACCCGGAUCAGGACCCACCAAGAGAGGGCGACCCAGAUGGGCAACCUCAAUCUCCCACUGCGAAACCCGCACCAUGGGCUCAAGGAGAAGAUGAAGGAAUUGACCCUCCUCUACGAGCAGCAAAAGCAAGCAAGAAACAUUCCAAGAACAACAACGGCGGAGGAAAAGAGCAGGAAUCGAGUCGGCUUCUCGACCCACCCGAGUAUAGACCUUUUCGGAUCCAACCGGCGGGGAGUCAGAGACGCGACGGAGCCGAACGCUGAAAAUGGGUCGAAACCGGGUCAGGUCAUGAGAGAGAACACGAUGACCAACUCAACUAUCACAAGAACAUUCGUCUUGCCCCAACCCAUCAACCCGAAGCCGAGACCCGAGGACGCGAAGGAGAACAUCGGGUCGGGUCAGGACAGGAUAAUCGGGUUCUCGACCUGCCCGAGGAAGGCGGCUCUGGAGACCACCACCACGACGGUGGCGAGGAGGCUGUCCAUGGGUGGGCCGGCAAAGAUUGUUCCUGAAAUGGAGAAACCGGAGGCCGCUGGAGAGAGAAACUGCGGAGGCGAUCACAGUCGGAUCCUGGUGUUCGUGAGGCUGAGGCCGAUGGCGAAGAGAGAGAGGGAUGCGGGGUCGAGGUGUUGCGUCAGGAUCGUGAACCGGAGGGACGUGUACUUGACGGAGUUUGGGAACGAGAACGAUUACCUGAGGCUGAAAAGGUUGAGAGGGAGGCAUUUCGCUUUUGAUGCUUCGUUCCCAGACUCCGCUACUCAGCAAGAAGUUUAUUCCGCUACAACAGCGGAAUUAGUCGAAGCAGUUCUGCAGGGGAGGAACGGAUCCGUAUUCUGCUAUGGUGCAACUGGAGCUGGAAAGACUUACACGAUGCUCGGCACUGUUGAGAAUCCUGGAGUCAUGGUUUUGGCAAUUAAGGAUCUCUUCACCAAAAUCAGGCAGAGGAGCUGUGAUGGAAACCACUUGGUUCACCUGUCCUAUCUCGAGGUCUAUAACGAAACUGUCCGAGAUUUGCUCUCUCCUGGAAGGCCUCUUGUUCUCAGAGAAGAUAAACAGGGGAUUGUGGCAGCUGGUCUCACACAAUACAGAGCUUAUUCCACAGAUGAAGUAAUGGCACUGCUUUUCCAAGGGAACCAAAACCGAACUACUGAACCAACACGGGCGAAUGAAACAUCUUCCCGAUCCCAUGCCAUUCUCCAGGUUGUGGUUGAAUAUCGAGUAAAAGAUGCCGCCAUGAAUGUGGUCAACCGAGUGGGUAAGUUGUCAUUGAUCGAUCUUGCCGGGUCAGAGAGGGCUCUUGCCACAGAUCAGAGAACACUUAGAUCACUUGAAGGUGCCAACAUCAAUCGGUCUCUUCUUGCACUAAGUAGCUGCAUUAAUGCUCUUGUGGAGGGAAAAAGGCACAUUCCAUACCGAAACUCGAAACUCACACAACUGCUCAAGGACUCUCUGGGGGGAUCUUGCAAUACUGUGAUGAUCGCGAAUAUCAGCCCAAGCAAUCUCUCAUUUGGUGAGACACAAAACACACUUCAUUGGGCAGACCGGGCCAAACAAAUCCGCACCAAGGCAUGUGAGGUGAAUGAAGAAACAUUGCCGGUACCAGAAUCAGAAACAGAUCAGGCCAAGCUGUUACUGGAGUUACAGAAAGAGAAUCGAGAGUUGCGAGCACAAUUGGCUCGGCAGCAACAGAAGCUUCUCACCCUUCAGGCACAGUCCUUGGCUGCCCUGUCAUCUCCCACCCCGUCCUCUGUGACCUCUCUGUUGACUCCUCCUACAGCAGGUCAGCCGAAUGAAAAACGGAGACCCAGAGCUUCUUUCUUAUCAGGCACUUGUUUCACUCCAGAAUUCAAAAGGAGGGGAGCGGAUGAAGUGGUUAAAGAGCUUCAACAAACCAUCAAGGCCCUGGAGGCGGACAUGCAAAAGAUGAAGAAAGAACACGCCUUGGAAUUGAAACAGAAGGACGUUUGCAUAAAGCAGCUUUCACGAAAGGGUGAAAGAAGAUCAUCGAUAGGAGUGGGAGGGGAAGGAGUGAAAAGGGUAGUCACAAGGGCUAGCUUGAGACCUAUGGAGCCGAGCACUGGUGAGUUGAGGAGCCCGAGUCACCGGUUUAAAUCACCAAUUGCCGCAGCUAAGAAGCGCAGCUUUUGGGACAUAACAACGGCUAGUAGCCCUUCGGUUGCCACGCUCAAUGGAAGAAAGACCAGAAGCCAUGUUGUUCCAGAUCCGGCUGGAGCUCCCUCCAUGCUGCUUCAGCCGGGUUUUGCUCGUAAAAAACCAUAAUGUUUCAAGUUGAGGCGACUAAAGAAAGAAAAGUCGGAGAGAUAGAGCUCGAGGAUUAUAAUGUGUAGAUGAAGGAGAUGGAGAGAGGCAGUAUAUGCUGGUGGCAUUCAAUAAUUAAGGACAUUUGCUUUGUGGGGCUGCUUUUCAUGUUUCUCUUCCUCUAUGCGUGCCAUCGAUGAAGCCUCUUAAAAUCUGUUUGUAUCCUUACCAUCUAUUCUUUCCCAAUAGUUUCAAUUGAGCUCAUAGCAGAUUCUUUUAUUAGUUUGAUUAGAUUAUGUUUUAAUGUACUGCUUGACUACGAAAUGGCUGCGCAAUAUGUACGCUCAGGCGGUCGGCUUCCCUAGCCAUCCAUGUAUUUCCUUUUAGUUUUAGACUACUGCAAACUCGCAAUCACAACAGGACAUCAUCAAUUUGAC